AUGACCAAACAACUAUCAGGGCAGAACACCAAGCAGCUAUCAUCUCAGUGUUUCUACUUCAGUAUACCAGGCGAUGCAGACAAUAGCACCUAUGGAGUCAUCUCCGAAACUCUCAGGCAGCUGAAAAACUCAGAACCACACUAUUUCAGUACCCCGCCCAGCGAGAAACAAGGCUUUCGGACGAUAUCGUACAACCUCACAGGCGCUGCCACUGAGGCUGCUGAAUUUUCCAAAAAGCUGGAGGAAUAUCUACAAAAUUUGGAACAACAGCUGCGAGCAUCGCCCUGUUGGUAUGGUAUUCCGUUCCUGUGUCAUUACAGGUCACCAAGAUUGGGAUCUUGCACUGUAACAUGGAGUGAUACGGAAUCUUCUCUACUGCCAACUAUUUUUCUGUCGAACCCUAGGAAGGCUUAUACGGGCACCUCGCCAGGGGUUUUAGAUGACGAUCUUAUGCAUCCUCCCAUGCACAUGCGCCAUGGUUGGCCAUAA